AUGGAACCAUCUUCGUCAUCGGCGAUCGCACAACAAACAUGGGAGUUAGAAAACAACAUAAUCCCCAUGGAAACUCCCGCUGCCGACGAUUCGAUUUUCCACUACGACGAAGCGGGACAGAGCGAGUUUCAGCGUGAUAAACCCUGGGCAAACGACCCUCACUACUUCAAGCGCGUCAAGAUCUCUGCACUCGCGCUACUGAAGAUGGUUGUUCACGCGCGCUCCGGUGGUACUAUCGAGGUUAUGGGUCUCAUGCAAGGUAAAACUGAUGCUGAUUCGAUCAUCGUAAUGGAUGCUUUCGCGUUGCCGGUUGAAGGUACUGAAACUCGUGUCAAUGCUCAAGCUGAUGCGUAUGAAUACAUGGUUGAUUAUUCUCAGACCAAUAAACAGGCUGGGAGGUUGGAGAAUGUUGUGGGGUGGUAUCAUUCUCAUCCUGGCUAUGGAUGUUGGCUUUCUGGGAUUGAUGUUUCGACGCAGAUGUUGAAUCAGCAAUUUCAGGAGCCGUUUUUGGCGGUUGUGAUUGAUCCGACGAGGACUGUUUCUGCUGGGAAAGUUGAGAUUGGGGCUUUCAGGACUUACCCGGAAGGUUUUAAGCCUGCGGAUGAUCCUAUUUCGGAGUAUCAAACUAUACCGCUUAAUAAGAUUGAGGAUUUUGGUGUCCAUUGUAAACAGUAUUAUUCUUUGGAUAUCACUUACUUUAAGUCUAGUCUUGAUUCACACCUUUUGGAUCUCCUGUGGAACAAAUAUUGGGUGAAUACACUGUCAUCUUCUCCUUUAUUGGGCAAUGGAGACUAUGUAGCUGGACAAAUCUCAGAUUUAGCUGAAAAGCUAGAACAAGCAGAGAAUCAAUUGGCACACUCACGUUUCGGGCCACUAGUAGCACCUUCACCUAGAAAGAAAGAAGAAGAAUCCCCACUCGCUAAGAUCACUCGGGAUAGUGCGAAGAUAACGGUGGAGCAAGUGCAUGGUUUAAUGUCACAGGUAAUAAAGGACACUCUGUUCAACUCUGUUCAUCAAGCAAACAAGUCUUGUACAGAAACCUCUGAUCCUGAACCAAUGAUUGAAAGCUGA